AUGAUUUCACACCUCAAGAGGAAGAACAAAUCAAAAAAGAAAACGAAUGAUGAAGCUACACGAGAACGUUUAAAUAAUACGGAAAAUCGACCGUUAUCUCAAUUGACUUUUCGUCAUAUUCCUGAUGUGCCACUAAAUACACAUCGUCACACAAUCUCAUCACAAUUCUUAUCUGUAAAUUCACAAAUAGAUUCAACUUCUCUUAAAAAACCAUCAAACAAAAUAGAUGAGCUACAACGAAAUUCUUCAACAAAUGAUGUUUCUUCAAUAUUACCGUUACCAAUAAGUCACAUAUCUUCAAAUCAUUCCACGCUACAUCGAUCAACAUCUUUAACGAUUGAUCGAUCGUCUUAUUUUUCGUCAUCGUCAUUUUCUUCUUAUUAUUUAAAAAAUGAUCGGCCAAUAUCAAAAACCCUGUGUCCAAUCUGUCAAAUACCCUUUGAUAUAGCUGGUGUUCAUCGACCAGUGAAUGAUGCUUGCGGACAUACAACAUGUUUUCAAUGUUUUAAAACGAUAAUGAUAAAAGCAACUGGAUGCAGUCUAUGUCAAAAAGAAGAAGAACUUAAUUCACAAUUAUCGGAUCAAAGUUAUGAUUUAAUGCUUUUUUUUGAUGAAUGGUCACUUGAUCAAUCGUCGUCUACCAGAAAAUCAUUAAAAUCCAUAAAAAGUUUCGAUGACAAUAAUAAUGACGAUGAUGAUACAGAUUUUGAAACCUAUGAACAAAUAGCACCCAUUGAUGAUGAUGAAGAACAAUGUGAUAAAGCAACAUGGAUAUCAGCUGAUGUUCAUGAUAAUAGGCCAGAAUAUAGUGAUAAACAAUUUAAUCAUACAAAANUAAAAUUCCUACUUUUAGAAAGAGAUUAG